UAAUGGGUACCCUCAAUAUCAACCAUGAACUUGAUGACCAAAUUUUCAAUACCAUAAACCCUUUAGACCCUGAAGAAUUUAGAAGGCAAGGUCAUAAAAUUGUGAAUUUCCUAGCUGACUACUAUCAAAAUAUUGAACAAUAUCCUGUUUGUAGUCAAGUAAAUCCAGGGUAUCUCCAAAACAUUGUACCAAAUUCCGCACCUAAUAAUCCUGAGUCUCUCGAUAAAAUUCUUAAGGAUGUCCAAAAUGAUAUUAUUCCAGGGCUAACACAUUGGCAAAGUCCUAACUUUUUCGCGUAUUUUCCAUCUUCAGGAAGUACUGUUGGAUUCGUAGGUGAAAUGUUAAGUGUUGGAUUUAAUGUUGUAGGGUUUAAUUGGAUAUCAUCCCCUGCUGCUACUGAACUUGAGAGUAUUGUAAUGGAUUGGUUUGGGAAAAUGUUAAAUCUUCCCAAUUGUUUUUUGUUCGCGAGUGGUGGUGGAGGUGUACUACAAGGUACAACUUGUGAAGCCAUAUUGUGUACUAUAGUUGCGGCUAGAGAUCAAAUGCUGCGAAAAAUAAGUAGAGAGAAUUUUGGAAAAUUGGUUGUAUAUGCAUCUGGUCAAACACAUUUCUCACUUAAGAAGUCUGCCCACAUUGCUGGGAUAGACCCUGGAAAUUUUCGAGUUAUCCCAACAAUAAAGGCUAAAGAGUACACCUUGUGUCCAAAAUCGCUACGAUUAGCAAUUUUGAAUGAUCUAAAAGAAGGAAAUGUUCCUUUGUUCUUGUGCGCGACAAUUGGGACAACUUCAACAACUUCUGUUGAUCCAUUGCGUCUACUCUGUGAUAUUUCUAAGGAGUUUGGGAUUUGGGUACAUGUAGAUGCAGCUUAUGUAGGAAGUGCUUGUAUUUGCCCUGAAUUUCAAGUCUUUCUUGAUGGUGUUGAAAAUGCAAAUUCAUUUAGUCUCAACGCGCACAAAUGGUUCUUUUCCACUUUGGAUUGUUGUUGUCUUUGGGUUAAGGAUCCAAGUGCACUUACUAACGCGUUAUCAACUAAUCUUGAAUUUUUGAGAAACAAGGCUACAGAGUUAAAUCAAGUGAUUGAUUAUAAGGAUUGGCAAAUUGCAUUGAGUAGGAGGUUUAGAGCAUUGAAAUUAUGGUUAGUUUUGAGAAGUUAUGGGGUAACUAAUCUUAGAAACUUGAUAAGAAGUCAUGUGAACAUGACUAAACAUUUUGAAGGGCUUAUAGCUAUGGACAAAAGGUUUGAAAUCUUUGUCCCUAGAAAGUUUGCUAUGGUGUGUUUUAGGAUCUCUCCGCUAGUACUAAGUCAAGUUUCAAUCAAAUUUGAUGAUGAGAAAGAAGUGAACAUGUUUAACACUAAGUUGUUGGAGUCUAUUAAUUCAUGUAGCAAACUCUAUUUGACUCAUGGAAUUGUUGGAGGCACUUAUAUUAUUAGAUUUGCAAUUGGUGCUUCUCUUACACAUUAUAGGCAUGUUGACAUAGCUUGAAAAGUUAUACAAGAUCAUGCCAAUGCCCUGCUAAAUCAAGGCUAUGUUUAGUUUUUUUUAGGAUUUGAAUCAUAUAUAUACCGGAAGAUUUUUAUACGGUCAUAUGAGAACCUUAGUAGGUCAAUUAGUCGACUACCUGAAUUGUAAUCUUAUUCAUGAAAGUUCAUUUUUUCACCUUGAAAUCCCUGUCUCCGAUUCUCCUCACCCUAUCCAAUUUAAGAGGAAUAUCAUUGGUCAAAAACUAGGGUGAACUUUCACAUUUUUAUUUUUAUUUGUGUAAGAUUUCAAUGAAGAAAAUAAAUGUUGGUUGAGU